UUUACAUUAUCGCGAUCCAUACAGAGGUUGUAUCGGACGCACGCAGACAACAGGUUGCCCUUCUCAGCAGCGCAAAAGUCGCUAGCCACACACAAAGUUUCUCUGCACCGCAUGGUUGUCCCACUCAUGGUCCCAGUCGUGGCGUCUGCAGUGUCUGCAGUAGUAUCUGCGGGGUCCGCCACGUUUGCGGCCAUCUGGCCAAUGCAUUUUGCCAGAGCCAGGCGACUGGAAGCAGAAGAGACAGCAAGGAAGAUGAAAAAUGACUUAAUGGAGAUUUUGAUCCGCGUAAUGUUGCAGAACCAUCUGGAUGAACUGCAACAGUCAGCUGCAGAAGAUAGUCGCAGAGUGGAAGAAGCAAGGCUCGCUGCUGAGAAGAAAUGGUUCGAAGGUGUUCGCCCCGAGUGUCACCCUUCAGAAGAAGACAUCAAUCGGAUGAAGGCCACGUAUCAUUACAAUCCGGGAUUCAUCCACAUCGCAGUUGUUGGCUCUGCUGGAGCUGGCAAGUCGUCCUUCAUCAAUGCCGUCCGUGGCUUGUCCACAAAUCAUACCAUGGCCGCUCCUGCGGGAAUCAUCGAGACCACUCGCACCGUCACGAGGUACCCUGAUCCGCGCCCGAACUCCCGGACAAUUUGGUAUGACGUUCCCGGAUCAGGCACUCUAGAUGUGCCGGACUGGAAAUACUUCAAUGACAUGGGCCUCUACAUCUUUGAUUGCAUCAUCAUGGUCAUAGACAAUCGUUUCUUGGAUUCCGACCUUGCCAUCCUCCGCACUUACCAGCACAUCAAAAACAUGGUGUCCCAGAAGAUGGGCUUCGACCCUUGGGAUCCCGACUCAGACAUGGACGACACAACACGUUCUCUUUUCCGGCUGACGAGAUCACAAGAACACCAGAGGUUUAUCGAUGAAACGCAUCAGAAUGUCCAAAUUAACCUUGAGAAGGGGAACCUCCCUCCUAAGAAUGUCUACAUCGUUUGCAACGACGCCAUGCAUCAGACAGUGUGCACUGGCAAGAUCCACCCCACAAAGACAAUUGAUGAGGCAAAGCUUCUGGAUGAUGUCAAAGAAUUCACGUUGAAGCGUCUACAGUUGGGGUGUUCAACGUAA